GCAACCCGAAGCAGCAUUGCAAACUUGCGCACAAGGAAUCUCACGCGAGCACGAUUCUUCAUCACGAGCUUCCCAGGGUUUCCCACGGACUUUUGUCCCGGCCGGCCAGCUGCCGGCGCCCCCCCGGUUCAGCCGGCUCGGUAGUCGGUCCUUGGCUGUACCGGCCAGCUGAGACUAGAGAGUGCCCGCAGUUUCUGCCGGCUAGCAGCCGGCUGGGUGCCUUCGGCACCGGCCGGAGUCCCAUCUCGGCCGGCCAGGUCCAGGUUCUCUUGCCGGCUGUGGGAAACCCUGGAGCUUCCUUCUCCUUCAAUCGGUGCGUGCCCAGUCGUUCUCUCGCCCCCAUUGCGCAAGUCAGCUCCAAUUUCCCAAACUGAGAAGCUGAGCAAUCGAGGAAGCCUCUCUUUCCUGCAGCAUCGACAGCCACCAUGGAUUCCUUGAAGAACCUCGCACAUAAGGCCAAGGACAAGCUGACCCCCGGCUCGCGCAGCAGUGACGAGCAGGGAGACUAUGAUAAGCAGCAGGGCACGGGCACUGGAUAUGGCAGCACCAACACUGGGUACCAGGGCACCCGCACCGACAGCGACACUGGCUAUGGCAGCAAGACGACCGGUUAUGGCGGUGACGACACCGGCUAUGGCAGCAAGACAACCGGCUAUGCCGGCAGUGACGACACCGGUUAUGGCAGCAAGACAACUGGCUAUGGCGGCAGUGAUGACUCCGCUUAUGGCAAAAAGACCACCGGCUAUGGCGGUGACGACACCACGGCCACCGGUUAUGGCGGCAGGACUACCGGCUCUGGUGGCGACGACACGACCGGUUAUGGCGGCAGGACCACAGGUUAUGGUGCUGACACCGACGUUGGAGUCGGUGGCCGAGGCAGGAACGUCGACAUCGACUCUGACAUCGGCAUCCCGUCAAAGUACGCAGGGUCCGACUCCGUGACUGGCGGCGACGACACCGGCAGCGGCUAUGGCACCAGGAAGACCGGCUAUGGGGGCGACGACAACACCGACACCGGCUAUGGCAGCAAGAAGACCGGUUAUGGCGGCAGUGACGACACCGGCUAUGGCAGCAAGGGCUCUGGAUACGGGGGCGAUGACAACACUGGCACUGGUUAUGGCGGCAGGACCACCGCUUAUGGUGCUGACACUGAGACCGGCCGUAGCGGCCGCGGCAAUGCUGACGUCGAUUCUGACAUUGGCAUCCCCGAGAAGUAUGGAGGGUCUGACACUGUUCCUGGGGCCCAGUAUGGUGGCAGUGGAGGCAGGCGGGGAGCGGGGGGAUAUGGUCGUGAUGACGACACCACCGGUGAUGACUAUUGAAUAGGAAUUUUGACCCUUGUCAAAAGACCCGUGCAGUAUGUUUGUGUACAUAGUUCAAGGAUUCUUGAGAACUGAAGUGUCUUAAGUUUUUAACCAUGUUUGGUCAUGAUAGACUCUAUGAAAAUACUAACCUUGUAUGAUGGUAUGAGUAACCGUCCAGAAGGAUUUUCGAAGGAUCGAGCUGUUCUGGCCAGGUCUAAGCGAGCUACAAGAACAGUUCCUGGUCGGUGAAUUGCUCACAGGCUGGCCGCAUGGGGCUUGGAGGUAGGACCAGGGCUGUUGUAGUCCUCAAAAUGGACACAAUGGACGUACUUUUAGCAAGGCAUUGCCUUGAACUUGUCAGGUUUUGGUCAAGCUAAUAUUGAUAAGGUUUUUCGUUUUGAGUUUUUUUCGUUUUUUCGUUGUUUCUUCACAUAUCGAUCUGCAUGUCUUCAAAGACACUUGUGUGCUGACUUCUGAUAGAGAAUUACUGAAUUCAAGAUACA